AUGGCAGACCGUCAGAACACGUCUUGGGAGCAGCAUCUGAAGGAUGAGCGUGUGGCGUAUGCAAACCUUGCCCUGCUUAACAUACAAACAAGCGCCCUCAUUGAUCGUUUUUACCGCGAGUGGCUCGCGCUGGAUUCGAGGCGCCAGCAGCUCAUUGAUGAGUUGGAGCAUCACAGCCGCUUCAUUCACGAACACAGGCGUCAGCUUGAGCUCAUGUUGUUUCCUCCUGAACUGAAAGCGUGGUCGCUUGGGGCAGUGCCGGGGGCGGAGUCGGCGGUGGUGGUGGAGGAAGGCGAGCUUCUGUACGAGCCCUUCGCCGACACGCUGUGCAUGAGUCAGCCCUCCACUGGCAAGACUCGGGCCGUGUUCGAGGAUGCUAUUGCACGACAAGUUGUGUGCUGGCGUGAAAGGGGUGAGGAGCAAGCAGGGCCCGCUGAUGUGUACAAGGAGCGGCCGGCACCAUCGCGUUUGGUGCGCGUAACCCCGCAGCCGGACCUUCUCCUGCACCUCUGCUUCGUGCCGUACCGGGAAGCCCGGUUGGCCGCACUGUGUCGCCGUGCAGUGAGCGGCGAUGUUUGUGUCAUGCGGAGUCCGGAGUUGAGUGUGGGCCGCGUGCUAGUGUCGAUGCAUGCCGUGCGCCGCGGUGAUACCGUCAUGGUGGAGGCACCGUUCUUCACAACUCCUGUGGCGACGAGCACUGCCGCUGAUGAAGUACUUCUCCCACCGGUGGUUCGAGAGGCGAUGGCGCUGGUGCAGCGACAAUCAGCCGUCUUCACAUCGCAAGGGUGGGACAUCCGUCUACUGCGUCCAUUCUACCACUGGUUGACGGAGUUGGUGUUUGGUGAGAAGAAGAGCGACUUUGUGCAGCGUUGGGACGAGCUUGGAUGCCCCGUUGAGGACGUUGACCCCGCGCUGCUGACGAAGCUGUCAGACCUGGCGCAUUUCUUGUGGUUGAGUCUCCCAUCUUUGCUCUCGACUGCGGUGGGUAGUGAGGAGCGGGUGCUCUUGUUUUUCGUCACUCUUCUAACAAACGCCAUGAAUUACGGCGGGGUCUCCGCUACGGACGACCACAACUGCACGGCAACAGAUGAUGGUGUGCACAUUGGCCUCCUCGAAAGGGGGAUGGCUGUCUUUGGUGGACUCUCCUUGGUUGAACACAGCUGCCGUCCCAAUGCUGUUGUGGUGUUUCGAAACGGUUGCACCCCGGAGAGCGUUCUGUUUGCAGAGCUUCGGGCUACGCGUGCAAUCGCUAUUGGGGAACGUCUUACAAUUGCGUAUGUGCCAACUUUUCUUUCAAGGGAGGAGCGACACAAGCGUCUGCGUACGAGGUUCUUUUUUUCAUGUGCUUGCAAUCAUUGCACGACGGGGGCUGACACAACGCGGCUGAUGUACACCGUGACAAGACCACGCGGGGGUGAUGAGUCGACUAUGAUGUGCCCAAAAGGGGGAGGUGCGGAGUGGCUGCUGCUGCCGCGUCACCCCUCCUCCCUGCACAGCGUGGAGACAUUGGGGGAGCACUACCGCUUCAACGACCCGUGCGUGCUGGAUGCGGUCCGCGAUGAAGCGGCGUUUCAAAAGGAGACAGAUGCUGUUGAUUUUAGCGGAGACGAUCCCUCGGAAGUUGUGGAGAUGGAGGUGAAGCGGCUGACGGAUGUGCUGCGCGGGGAGGCGGGCAACCGCAUCACUCCGCUCCAUCACCUCUUCUUGCUCCGUGCGUUGCAGGUGACGGGUGUGGCGAAGGCAAAUUUCCCUCACCUGGGCACUCUGAAGUUGCAGGUGGUGUCAUCGUUUCUGCGUGAACUCUUAAAUGAGGUUACGACAGUCGUCUUUGUGCUGCCUGGCUGGUUCAACGCGGAGUUUCUCCUUGGUGAGACUUGCGAGGGCGUGAUGACGGAUGACCUGAGAGACAGACUCCUACAAGACGGCAGCAGCAAGCAUGAGACAAGGUGUCAUCCAUGGCAGGAAAAAAUUUUAGUGCAUCCGCUGUUUGAGGGUCAUGGCACAAUUAUUGUGUCACUGUGGGAGUACUACGCCAUCCUCUGCGAAAGAAUCGGUGAUAUUAAAGGGGCGGUGAACGCGUGGACGGCUUCUCUUCUUCUUCUUCGUUAUGGGCUGUGUCAACACAGCUCCGAGCGCUGCCUCCGCGCACAGCUAAAGGCCCUGCAGUGUUAUCGGCAUCCACAGCAGCUGAAGGAUUAA